AGUGCGAAUGAGCGCCAAGUUACACCCCAGCCCAGAUACGAAGACAGGAAGCGUACAUUGUGAGCUGGUUGUCAGAGUUGGACCGUUUGGUAGUUAGUCUUUUUCUGACUAGGUUGCCAGCUGAAACGAAAUAUUAGGGCACCGUGGUUUGGAUUAACAUGGGUGACCUUGCUCCAGUUGUUAUUCUGCAAAUCUCGUUUGGGCCUUUGAUGCUGUAGACGUGCAUUUUAUCUUAGUGCACAUCGUGGGCGAUACCUGAAGUAGGAUUGGUGCUGACCCAAGUAGUAUUCGUUGCCUUCUGAGAGGGAAUUUGCAGACAUGCCUCCGAAGUUGACCCCAAAGGAAAGGGCUGCUGCUAAGAAAGCUGAAAGGGCUCAAUUUGAGGAAAUUGCAAGGAGGAUGGAGCAAGAGCGGCUGAUCAAAGAAGCACUGCAAAUUGUAAGGAAAGAACUGGAAGAAAAGCUUGCAUAUGAGGCUGACCAAAGAUGGCUUGAGGCAGAGAGGGAGCGACUUGCAGCUGAAGCUGAUAGCAUUAUACCGUAUUAUAAACGGCAAGAAGAAACUCGUGAGAAGAUUGAAGCAGCUGCUACAGCAAAGAAAGAGCAGUGGGAGCUCUUCAUGGAUACGUCUGGGUUACCGCAAGCUGCUAAGGAAGCUACUCUUAAUACGUAUUUGGAAAAUGGAUAUCAGAGUCUAGAUCUUGACUACAAUGAAGUAUUGAAGUCAUUAGUCAACAUUUAUAAGAUCUCUAAUGAAGCUGUGGAGCUGGCCUUACAAGAGGAUCAGAAAGGAAAUGUCAAUGAGGCUACCAAGUACAGAGGCUUUAUGCUGAAACUGGAAAAAAUGGGGAAAUUUCGAAUGGAUCAGACCACCAAUUAUCUUCUCCAAAAAUCAUAUGCUGUAUACAGAGAUACGGAGAAGAGUAUUGUGACUGAAAGAAUUGGAGACUGGAAGCUAGCCCUAUGGAUUAAUCAUGUUAAGAAUCCACGACACCGACUGCUUGAGCUCCCAGAACUUGAUAUCUAUAUCAAGCUUCCCAAGUCUUUUGCCCUGGCUAAUGCAGCCAUUCGGAUAUACCAUCAGACAGUGAACCCUCUUUACAAGUCCAAAAAUGCUUACAUGCCACUGGGCGGUGUGUUUGUCAUUGAUGUGCUGGGUAUUCCAGUGGAAUCCAAACUCGUCAAGCAGUGGACCUUGGAAAACUUGGCAACAUCAACACAGCUUCAGUAUCUGGGAUACCCAAUUCCAGCAGUUGGACAAUCAGCUCCUAGUCCACAACAGCUACUAAAUGUGCUUCCAUUUGAGAUUGACAUCAUUAUUCCAAAGUUCAUCAUACAUUGGGAGCCCAACCCAGAGAUUGGAUGGUGGGAUUCGGUAACCGAGACGUGGCAAACAGAGGGUGUGUCAGAAAUUGAAUAUACUCCAGAAAAUUUCAAACUUCUGUUUCAUACUACCAAGGCCAAACCACAUGCUAUUGUUCAGAGUCGGGUGAGAGAGUAUCCUUACAAGUCAUGGAAUAUCCGGCCCACCUCAGAAAAGACAGGAGUACUCACACUGAAGACAGCAAAAUCAAAUGUUAUCUUCAAUGUUGGUGAUGGAUGGUGUCAACUUCUGGAGCCUAAAAUGCCAAUGCUUAAACACAUUUUGAGUCUGCAGCUUCCUCCUAAAGUUUUACUUCAGCAACUGUCAAACUGUGGAUUGCAAUUGAUGCCAGAAGAUGAUGAUGCUCAAUAUUCUGCUGUCAAAAUAAAGGAUGCUGAGUUGGAGCUUCAAGUUUGCCGAGAUGCUGCACUAGCUAUCCCUGCAUUCACUCUUGCAAGCAGCCCCUUGAACAAAACAAAAGAUUCUAAAGCAAUUCUCUUGCGCAUUCAAGAGAUUCCUGAGCCUCUCUAUCCUCCAACACUUGAAAAGAGCAAGGUGGUUAAAACAAUAUACUACACACCGAAAGGAUCUACGCUGAUAGAUCACUCUGAUAAACUUCCUGGUUACAAGGAGGUAUUGGAGGCAGCGCUUGCGGAUAAAUAUGCAAAAUACCACUCUGCUUUGCUGGUUACUUUAAGAGGCAACUGUUUCGAAUCAUCACAAAACAAGAUGGACAAUGGAAACGUAGCAUUUACAGAGUGUGUGAGUGCUUUGAUGUAUGCACUCCGGUUGUUCACGUUUGGGCCAUGACAUGAUGUGAGCAAAACAACCCAGUUGCUAAUAUAAUAUAAAGAUUUCCAUUUAAAUUUAUUUAUUUCUAUU